CAGAGGAUUGGGGAGGAGGUCUGAAGCUUUACCACUGCUCCCUCUCUCGCGCUCUCUCGCUCUCUCCCUCUCUCGUGCUCUCUCUCCCUCUCUCUGCCACAUUAAACUGAGCCUAAUGAAAACAAUCUGCUAGUUAAAUACCCAGCUGGCUCUGCUCAGACUCCAGACCCAAGGAGAAGAAGAAGAAGAAGGAAGGAGGAGGGGGGGAGGGAAGCUCUCCUGACGGCACAAAAAACUUUUUCCAGAGGGUUUUUUUUUUUUGACAAGAAAGCCUGAAGCAGCAAGCAAGAGCAGAACAAGCACUCCAGACAAAGAGAUUGAACACCAGAAAGAUCAUUUUCAUCCUGAAGGAUUUCCUUCACUUCUCCAGCUCUCACCACAGAGGAAACAGUUUCAUCUUGUACUACAGCAGCUUGGGCUUGUUUCUUGUGCAACUAUGAGGAAUUCUUUGGUUCUUCUCCUGACCUUGACGUUUCUCGUCCUGCUGUGGUCCCGCUGCUGCGACUCGACCCCCUUUGCCUACACCUUGAUGUCUGCCGAGCAAAGCGGGGAUGAAGAGUCUGAGAGCCCCACCCUCAGCACCCACACCACCCUGAGCACCAUCAGCAUUUCCACCAUCAGCCUUUCUACCCCAGAGACGUCCAAUGGCACCCGAGUCCCGGUCAAGCCCUUCAACCUCCAGCUGAUCGUGGACUUCCUGCGGGAGAACAUGCUGCUGAUCGUCGUGGUGGCCUCUCUGCUGGCCAUCAUAAUCUUCAUCGCGUGCUGCGCCUCCAUCCUCCAGCACAAGCGCAAAGGCAACGCCUACUACCCUUCAUCCUUCCCUGCAAAGAAAUACGUGGACGAGAAAGAUAUGUCAGGAGGAGGUAAGAACUUCAACGAAAUCCCAGCCAAGCCUUCCAGCUCCCAGCAAGAGGAGCAAGUGGAUUCCACCAAGCAGCUCCAAGCCGACAUCAAAGCAGCCGCCCAGAAUCUGAGAUCACCCUCCAAAGCCCCAAUGAGCGAGCAAGAACCCAAACCCACCGAACAGAAGCCAGCUACAGAGCAGAAACCCCAGCAGGCUCCUCCUGCCUUUGAAGAACCAGCCAGCGAGCCCCAGAAUACUUCUCCUCCAGAACCCUCCAGUCAGCCUCUGGAUCCUGCUUCUCAGCAACCUACCAGCCAACCCCAGAUUCCUGUCAAUCCAGAGCCAGAGCAAAGCCCCAAUCAAUCCCAAGACUGCUCCAGCCAGACGAUAGACUCAGCCCCUCCAAAACUAAAGGAUGAACCCCCUGCUCCAGCCCAGGCACUCAAUCAGGAUGAUGCUCAGGCCAGCCCUGACAAUCAGACAGCUCCGGAGGCAGUCAAACCACCCCCCCAGGAGACGCAAGACACCCCCCCUGCUGACCAGCAGCCUGCUGUUGCCCCAAGCGAACAAACACAAAGCACUGAAGCCCAGACACCCGAAAUUGUUUGCGGGGAGACCACAGCAUUUUAAAAAGGGACAACCAGUAGUCUUUCACAGCUUUCAAAGACCUUGAACUCUAAAACAUCUCCACUGCAAAGCAAAUAAGAGGGGCAUAUUUUGGACAAACCUGUAUCAUUAUAUUUUCCCCUUCAAGGUCAUGUCUUCUUUAUAUUUUCCACUGUCAAGCUCAUAUCCCGUUAUGCAAUGCUAUGGAAGGAAGACGAGACCCAUUUGCAGUUGUCUUGCACACAUUGCAUUAAAUUAAAAGCUAAUACCAAAACCUAGAAAAGCCAGUUCUGAUGAAAAUACCGUGGCUGGCAGUGCCAGUCAUCUUGUGCAAAUCAGAAUGCAUUAGAUUGCUUUUAAUAAUCUUUUAUUUUAUUUCUUCAUUGUUACAUAGAAGAACAUAUUUGGCAUUAUCAUUAGCAUUUCUAAUACAUGGCAAGCCUGUAAAAGUUGCUUGGUUUUCUUCUUUAUUAGAGAAGUAGGUUAGUAUUAUAUUUAACUGUUGAUAAAACUUUAAAAUAAGUGCCUUCUGUUUUUGUAUAUUAGUGGAAGUGAGCAUGAAUAGGGCCAUUCCUAUGGAUAUCUGUAAAGUUGGAAUGUGUACCCAUGCUAAAUUAUGUUGGGACACUAAUUCUAACCCUAAACCUGUUACUGAUUUACUCAUUUCAGUACAGCCUGAUUGCAUUAUAAGAUUGAUGUUAGUGGUGUGGAGUUUGCUCACCAGCAGUAUUAUAGAGAAACACCCAUGAAAUGUGCUUUGGGAUCAUGAAGGCAGCAAUUAUUUAUGACUAUUGUGAAAAAGAUCACAAGCAGUACAAACAGCAACGUUUCACUCAAAACCAAUUCCAACCAAAAAACAUUUCACUUGGUUUUAUCGCAGCGUUCCAUCAGUAUUCAUUGUUAUUGUUAUUUUAUUAUAUUUUUAUUGCAUUUUUCAUUUUAUAAUAAGUGGAACUUUGUUCUGUCUGCUGGAAUGUUUUGGAUUUUUCAGAAUCAUAUAUCAUUUGUGAAUUAAACAAGUUGUCUGUCUCCUUUUUCAAAAAGAUUUUCUGGAUUAAAAAAAAAAAAAACCAAAAAAAAAACCCAGAAAUAAAAUUUUUG